AGAGACUGGGAUCGGGAGAGAAGUGGGGUAGGGAGAAAUCUGAGACGAGGUUAAUAACUUUGAGAUACAGUGGAGAAACCAAGGACAGGGAAAAGAAAACUGGAAGUGCGACUGGAGGUUCGUACGACGAGAAGCGGGAGAACCUGAGGUGGGGAGAGGAGACAUUUGAGCCUGAGGGAGAAGACUUGGGAUAGAGAGGGGAAGGUUUGGGAGAGGGAGAGGGGGAGAGAGAGAAAAUAAAUAAAGAAAGAAAGACCUGGUGUAUCAGGGGGGUUUACAUACCUGGAACAGGGGGAGGAACCUGUGAAUGGAAUAAGGAUCAAACACAUUGAACGAGGUAACAGAAAAGGCCGGACGGAUUUGUGUGGGAUAAGGAACACAGGAAAGAGAGAGUCAAAGUUCCUAAUUAGCAGAAGGUGGGAAAUCAUAUAUUAAUCUCAGGAGGUUGUACCAGCAUGUCAGUGCCAUUUUCCAACACCACCCUCCGAAUUCCCCGUGGCUUUGGGACUUUGUUGGAGGGGCUGUCCAGAGAAGUGCUGAGAGAACAGCCACAAGACAUCAUAGAGUUUGCUGCCGGAUACUUUGAGGAUCUGCUGAAAUCCAGGACGGUCUCUGGUAUAGACCCUGCAGAUUGGGCAGCACGACUAGAGGAUCGAUUCUACAACAACCAUGCGUUCAAGAAAAAACAAACACCCAUACCUGUAAAUGAACCAAAAUCUGCUCCUGUGACAAUUGAUACAGCACAACAGGAGAAAGGCGUUUCGGGCCAGGCACGGGGUUUCGAGAGAGUACGAAAAAUAUGCGUAACGAAACCAUCUAUUUCCAAAGAAACUGUUCCUGUGAUGCAACAGGAUGAGGAAUGGCUCUCAAAGCAGCCAGGAGUAAGUGGAUCGACUGAUGAAACAAUUUCAAGACUUACAGAACCCAAGAAAGAUCAAUUGGAGGAGAAAUACCAAGUGUUCAGAGAGGCAGCUCCAGAACAAGGUCCUUUGGAUGACACAGACUCGAAAGCACCAGUGGAAGCCAUAAUGGAAGACACUACUUCACAGAUAACAGGAGCAGAUACAGGAGAAGGUUUGUUAGAAGGUGCUCAUACUCAGGUGACUGGCGGUUCUCCAACAGCAAGUUCUUUGGAGAUGACUGACAUUCAAGAAAUCUCAGCAACAUCAGAACAAGGACAAAUGGAAGGCACUGCAUCUGGAGUUAUUGCAGCAACAUCAGAGAAAAUUCUCUUGGAAAAACCUGCCUACUUAAUGGUGGUAGCACCAUCCGAGAAAGCGUCUGAGGAAGAUACAGCUCCUCAAAUGAUUACAACAGCAUCAGCAGAUGACCAAGAAGAGAAAAUUCAGUCCAUCGAUGAGCUACCUACGGAUGAGGAAUGGCUCUCAAAGCAGCCAGGAGUAAGUGGAUUAACUGAUGAAACAACUUCAAGACUUACAGAACCCAAGAAAGAUCAAUUGGAAGAGAAAUACCAAGUGUUCAGAGAGGCAGCUCCAGAACAAGGUCCUUUGGAUGACACAGACUCGAAAGCACCAGUGGAAGCCAUAAUGGAAGAUACUACUUGGCAGAAAACAGGAGCAGAUACAGGAGAAGGUUUGUUAGAAGGUGCUCAUACUCAGGUGACUGGUGGUACUCCAACAGCAAGUUCUUUGGAGAUGACUGACAUUCAAGAAAUCUCAGCAACAUCAGAACAAGGACAAAUGGAAGGCACUGCAUCUGGAGUUAUUGCAGCAACAUCAGAGAAAAUUCUCUUGGAAAAACCUGCCUACUUAAUGGUGGUAGCACCAUCCGAGAAAGCGUCUGAGGAAGAUACAGCUCCUCAAAUGAUUACAACAGCAUCAGCAGAUGACCAAGAAGAGAAAAUUCAGUCCAUCGAGGAGCUACCUACGGAUGAGGAAUGGCUCUCAAAGCAGCCAGGAGUAAGUGGAUUGACUGAUGAAACAAUUUCAAGACUUAUAGAACCCAAGGAAGAUCAAUUGGAAGAGAAAUACCAAGUGUUGACAGGAGCAGCUCCUGAGCAAGGUCCUUUGGAUGACACAGUCUCAAAGGCACCAGGGGAUGUUCUAAUGGAAGAUACUACUUUGCAGAUAACAGGAGCAGGUACAGAAGGAGGCACUAAUUCUGAGGUGGUUAUAGUCGCUCAAACAGCAAGUUCCUUGGAGGUGACUGACACUCAAAUAUUCUCAACAACAUCAGAACAAGGACAAUUGGAAGACACUGCAUCUGGAGUCAUUCCGGCAACACCAGAAACAACUAUUUUCAAAAAUUCUGCCUCUUCAGUGAUGUCAGCACCAUCAGAAGCAGUGUCCAAGGAAGGUACAGCUUCUCAUAUAAUUACAACAGCAUCAGCAGAUGGCCAAGAAGAGAAAAUUCAGUCCACUGAGGAACUACCUACGAGCACAAGUAAAAAUGAAGAUCAUGCUGCUGUCGUCAUACAGUCAGUAUAUAGAGGUUACAGUACAAGGAAGAAGCUGAACAAAAAUGCAUCAAGUCAUCCAGAAACUGAUGAUGACUUAUUUACAGAAGCGUGUCCAAGUCCAUGUGGAAUAAGAAACAGUUCAGGAGAGGAGCUGGCAUUUUCUGAAGGGGAAAAUAUAAAUUUUGAAAAAGCUUUGGGGAUGGCUGGUGAGAAAACAAAGAGCAGAAUGGGAGUCGAUGGUCUCCACGCAACAGAGAUUAACAUUUGUGCUGCAGAGCUUGGCUCCCCAUUGGUGAAAGAAAACAUUAAUACUGAUGCAGACAUCUGUGGAGCAGAACUGCAGUCAGUCAUGAAAGGAGACAAUAAAUCUGAGCCAGAUAUGGCCACUGAGAUGGCUGGAUACGAUAUCUGUGGAACUGAGUUGGACCAGAAAGAUUUCUCUGAGGCUCCAGCUAGUAGCACUGUGAAUGUUGACAUCUGUGGCACUGAACUGGGUUUUGUAAUAGGAAAGGAUGCUGGCCGGGAAGAUAAUAAGAGCAAUCAGACUGAUAUUAAACCCUAGGAUGAACCUGCUGUUAAAGUUACAGAAGAAGCACCACACCAGCAGGAAGUCAGUGGAGUGCUGAAUGAUAGGGAAAAUUAGGUAGGUGUCAAUCAGGAACAUAGUUUUCAGAGACUUGAUGCAAAGGUUAAUGACAAUCCAUCCACAGAAGAAAAUCAGAGCGCUGAGGGAGGUAGUAACAUGGUAAAAUAGCUAUUCAAACUCCAUAAUCCAUUUGUGAAGGCAAGUACAACUUAGAAAUAUAUGGGCUAUCUUUAAGAAAAACACAAAAUAGUUGAUAAAUACAAUUAAAAUCUGCAGAUGGCAUGAUGGUGCAGUAGGUGGUGCUGCUGCUGCAUUGCUCUGGGAGCCCAGGUUUGCCUCCAAUGUUUGGAUUUGCUUGCAGAGAGUUUCCAUGUUCCAUGUUCUCCCUGUUUGAUCUGGGCUUCCUAAGGCAUGUUCUGGUUUUCUCCCACAACCAACGAUGGGGGUGGUAAGUUGCAAAUUAUACCUAGUGCAGACAAAAUACCUUGCUCUUGCAAAUCUUUCCACGAACUUCUAUCUCAUCUCUCUAAUCAUUACCACAAGCCUUUUUACUACAAGCCCAAUUGUUGCCUUUGACUGAUUAUGACCUCCUCCAACUCCCUACCCAUCCCUCAAGAUCCCAAUUCCUCCGAAUCCCUCCCCCAACCUCUUAUACCUUGCUGAUUCUUGAUUCAGCUCUAAUCCAAUCAAAAUCUACAAGUUGAUUGAGCUGCCUAUCUUUUGCCUUCCCGCACAUACUCCACUAUGAUACAUAACUAGAUCCUCAUUGGACUGGAGCAGAUACUAAUCGAAAAUGAGUCAUGACCACGAACGCUUCUAUAAUUUAAAACUGGCUUGAUCUAUUCCUUUCUUGUUUCUUUGUUUGUGUAACUUGUUGGUGUGAAGUUAUAGCAUAGGCUGCCUGUGUAGCUCAAAGAUUAUUGGAAAUAAUUUGGAAAAUAUGUAGCUCAGAUGGUUGAUGACGGCUCGACUGCUCCAAGAAUGUAGAAUUUCAGUUGCACACUAGCCAAUGGCAAUUUUGGGGAGCGUACUUUGCAGACCAAAAGAAUGGACCAAGCUAAUAGACGAGACCAAUGUGGUCUACAAAAUUCAAUGCAGGGACUGCAGCAAAUAUGUCAGCUAAACUGGAAGAAAACUAUCCACAAGAAUCCAUGAACAUCAACCAGCUGUAAAACAGCAUGAUCAAUUCUCCCUAGUCUCUACCCAUGAAGAUCGAGAGGGAUUCAAAUUUGACUGGGCAUCAGUGAAAGACAUGGCGCAAACAAACACACGGCUUGCAAAGGAGUUCUAGAAGUGUGGUUUUCCACGAACAAUUCUGUAAACAAGCAUGUAGAUCUCGAUCCUAUUUAUGAGCUGAUGCAGGCAGAAUUCCAGACCACAAUGCACUAAGUUUGCCACACAACCAAUCAGCGACAACAUUUCCUCCCCACAUCACAAUUGAGUUUCCGAAAUGGCGACCAAUCAUCUGGUUGAUAAGUACAUAAAGGCCAAGCAUUCGGAAGACACGCCACAAUCGAUAGCGCAAUGAUAAUGUCUCUUCAUAUGGUGAUAAAAUGUUUGCAAGUAAAUUGCCAAGAUCCGAGAACAACUCAAUCAUCAUCAAUUUAUUAUUCGACUGAUGACAGUUACAGAACAGUAACCUUGCAUAUUCACAGACAAUAUAUAAUAAAGAUGUAACACAUCCUUGUGUUAUAUAGUUGAGUUUACAGUGUUCCCAAAAUUUGCUUUACAGUUCAGAUUUCAGAGUCAGUCAAUAUCCUAUUCACUGAUUGAAACAUUCGGUAAUCCUACACUGGUGAAAGAUGGGUACAAAUAAAGAAGAAUAAGUAUUUGAUGUAGAGAAUCAUAAACAGUGCAGAACAAACUAGAGAUGAGUCUGUACAUAUUUUGUGAGGAUGGAGAGCAUGAAGUGGGGUGUAUACUAAGAAUUUGGGACAAUCCCAGUCUUCACCACCACGACCAGAAUAGCCUUUGUGUCAAUUUUGCUGGACGCAAAAAUUUAGUCUAGUGAUUAUGGGAACAGGGAGGCAAGGUCUAGGCUGAUUGUCUAAGGCUGAUCGUCAAGCACCCAUUUACUCAAAUUAUACGUUGAUCCUACGUUCUUCUUCCCAUUAUUAAUAAUCAACUAUUACUACGUUCAACUACUCAUGCACUAGAGACAAUUUACAGUGGCUAAUUAAGUGAGCAACUUUGGAUGUCAGAGGGAACUGGAGCACCCAUGGAGUCACAGAAGGAAUGUGCAAACAACACACAGAGGAACAGAGGUCAGAACUGAACCUGGGUUGCUGGAGAGGUGAACACCUAUCUGUGCUACUGAGUCAUGCCAGUUCAAUCCCAAAUGAUUAUAAACUGCACAUAUGAAAUUAUGUGCAGAUAAUGCAAAAUUUGUAGGAAACAGAAGGAAACACGUCUAAUCCUCAGACUUGCUGUGUGAUUUCAUGCACUCGUUAAAAUCCCAAAGUGAGAUGUUUAUUUAGAUGACAGCAGCUCAUUUUGCACCAAACAUGCUCAAUCCUUGCAUGGCAGCUUUAAUUCUGCUUCUCAAUGUAACAAGAGUUAGGGAUAUUUCCUUUUAAUUCAACCGUUUUAAUUGCUUCAAUGUACACAUCUUGUAUGUAUCACUAAAAUAGGCUGAAAUCUGCAGGCUACUUGAUUGGAAAAGAGCCCCAAGCAGGUAGCUAAUCAUUAUUAUCCUUGUGAAAUGUUAGUCCUUGCUUUGUUCUCUCAAACCUUUUGCAGGCAGCAAACAAAACUACAAACCAUUCUAAUAAAAUUAUACUUCUUCUGGACUGCAAUCACUUCAAUUGGCAACCUGACAUUUCCCUUUGGGGGUUGUGCCUUUGAACUGUCUGUAUGACCUGGCACUUUUGCCGUAUCCUGAAUGACUCAGUGAACUGGACUGUUGUGAAUGCAGGUAUGGUGUGAUGGCCAUUGCUGGAGCAGACUUGGGGCUGGAUUGAAACUUUGGGCCAGAUUGAAUUGGGAGGGCCCAGGCCUGAGAGUGGAAAACAAAUCUAUGUUUAGCCAAUUUAAGUGACAAACCAGAUUAAAAAGAUCUAGACAUUGAGGCUAAGGGCAAAAGACAAAUCAGUGUUUAGAUCAUUACUCUGAGAGGCUUUAUUUGCCUCAGCGCUAAACUGGUUCCCUGGCUGUGGCCUGCAGCCAUCAGGCUCCUGGACUGGCUACAGUACUGAACUGGCUCCGUGGCUGUGGACUCACUUUUGGGGACUCUGCAGUUCAUGAGUUUAUUUGUUUUAUACAGUAAGAAAUAAAAAAAAGUAACGAGGUGGUGUUCAUGGGUUCACUGUGCAUUCCGAAAUUGGAUGGUGGAGGGAAAGAAGCUGUUUUUGAAUCAUUGAAUUUAGCCUUUAGACUUCCGUACCUUCUUCCUGAUAGCAGUAAUGAGAACAAGGCAUGUCCUGCCUGAAGGGGGUCCUUAAUGAUGGACGCCGCCUUUUUGAGGCAUCACUCUUUGAAGUUGUCUUGGAUACUACAGAGGCUAGUGCCCACGAUGGAGCUAACUAAUUUUACAAUUCUCUGCAGUCUACUUUGAUCCUGUGCAGAAGCACAACCCCUUCCCCCCCCCCAUACCAGACAGUGACGCAGCCAGCUGGAAUGCUCUCCAUCUGUAGAAAUUAGUGAACGUUUUUGGUGACAUACCAAAUCUCCUCAAACUUCUAAUGAAAUAAGGUGGGCAUUGGACAGUACAGAUGCUCUUGUAGGUGGGUAAAUAUUUGAUUAACCAGAAUAGUUAGGGUUUGGAGUGUCCAGGGCUUAAAGUUAUCAGAAGUCUACAAAAAAUGAAGAAUAAUUUAUGCAUAAAUUUUUGUUAUGUUCUAUUGAUUUAGUUUGCAAUUAAUUUGCUGAUAUUGUGGUUACUUCUC